AUAUUUUUGCUGAGAUAUUUGGUUGCUUUGUGCUUCAUUUGGUCCUUGCAGUGGCAUGUUUGCCAGUUUUUCUACAUAUUGUCUUCGCUAAUCGCCUGCGGCGGUUUACAAUGUAAUGGCGCCUGUACACAGUGGUUUACGGGCAGGAGCUGAAGUUGUAUUUUUACAGUGAGAGGCUGAAAGGAAAAAGCUAAUGCUUCAAACAUCGGGGAGCAGAGUCUGAACAUCUCUUCCAAACAGUGGACCAGCCUGGAUAAAAAAGUGUAGUAAUAAAUAUUAGUUUGUGUCUUUGCCUGGACUCGGAGCUGUCUGAAAGUCUAAGAUGCCCUAGGCGGGGAGAAGGGAAAUGUAAAUGGCUUCCAAAGUAAAAGAUGCCGUGGUGUGGUACCAGAAAAAGAUUGGCGCCUAUGACCAACAGAUAUGGGAGAAAUCAGUGGAGCAGCGAGAAAUAAAGGGCUUGAGGAACAAGCCAAAGAAGACGGGACAUGUCAAACCUGACCUGAUAGACGUGGACUUGGUUAGAGGGUCGGCCUUUGCAAAGGCCAAACCAGAGAGUCCAUGGACGUCCCUGACCCGGAAGGGUAUCGUCAGAGUGGUCUGCUUUCCGUUCUUUUAUCGAUGGUGGAUCCAGGUCACCUCCAGAACCAUCUUCCUCUUGCUGCUUGCUCUCUAUCUGCUGCAGGUGGCAGCAACAGUCCUGUAUGUGAUCAUCCCACAGCCUCAUGGGAUACCGACCACCGAAGUGUUUGGAGCCAUCUGGCUCAUGCUGCUGCUCGGCACCGUCCACUGCCAGAUCGUCUCCACCAGGACGCCCAAACCGGCCUCCAGCAGCGGGGGAAAGAGACGCAGGAAGUUGAGGAAGGCCUCUCAGAUGGAGGUGCAUAGGGAAGGCGACGGGUCUAGCACUACCGAUAACACAAAGGAGGGGGCGCCACACUCCCACUCAGCCAGCAGCACAUACAGCCUGGGCACUCUCUUCCAAGAUUUCUGGCAUGAUAUCUGUAAAGCUGGAUCUAAAAAGUCCAAACUGUCCAUCGACAAGUCCACAGAGACGGACAACGGCUACGUGUCGCUGGACGGCCGGGUGACCAACCGCAGCAGCGAGGAGGGGCUGCAGCUCCACGAGCAGCGAUGUGAUUCGCUGAACAGGACAGACGAGGUCUGCUGGACCUCUCUGGUCCCUCCCGCACACACUCACACACCCCGCAGCACGGGGCUGAUACUGGCCAGCAGCAACAAGGAGCCGGCAUCAGACGAGGCGUCCAGUGAGGAGGACCCUGAAGCGUCCUACAGAGCUCUACGGCGGGGGGUGGAGAGAAUGAACAGCGACUGUACGCUCAGAAACCGCAAGAGCACACACCACUACAAGAAACACUACGCUGUGGAGGACGUCCCAAAGUCUGGCACCAGCUGCAGCUCCAGAUGUUCCAGUCUGAGGACUCAGGACUCGGAGAGCACUCGACACGAGUCGGAGACAGAGGACGUGAUGUGGGAGGACUUCCUGCACUGUGCCGAGUGCAGGUCCUCCUGCACCUCAGAGACAGAGGGAGAAGGAGGAGGGACGCCGGUCUGCCCCCCCGCUAAAAAGGAAUACAGAGACGACCCCUUCCACCAGGGUCACUCCCCCUGGCUGCACAGCUCUCACCCCGGUCUGGAGAGAGUGAGCGCCAUAGUGUGGGAGGGAAACGAGUGUAAGAAGGCCGACAUGUCCGUCCUGGAGAUCAGCGGCAUGAUCAUGAACAAAGUGAACCUCUUCACUCCUGGUAUUGGUUACCAGGUCUUUGGGAACCUGGUUUCCGUGACGCUCGGCCUCACACCUUUUGUGUACAGGCUGGCUCAGUACCGGGACCUGGAUCAGCUGAUGUCUCUUUCAGCCAAUGAGCUGCUGUCUGUGGCUCUGGGGGGCGGCUCUGGAUCGGACGCCUUGGUGAUCACCAUGGUAACACUCAGCUUCCUGGUGCGCGUCUGCCUUAUAUGGCUGUUCUUCUUCCUGCUCAGCGUGGCAGAGAGGACGUACAAACAGAGGCUGCUGUUUGCCAAGCUGUUUGGUCACCUGACUUCAGCCCGCAGAGCCAGGAAGUCUGAAGUCCCUCACUUCAGACUGAAGAAAGUCCAGAACAUCAAGAUGUGGCUGUCGUUACGCUCCUACCUCAAGCGGCGGGGUCCUCAGCGGUCCGUGGAUGUGAUCGUGUCGUCGGCCUUCCUGCUCACUCUGUCAGUCGUCUUCAUCUGCUGCGCUCAGCUGCUGCACGUGCACGAGACGUUCCUGGAGUGUCACUAUAACUGGGAGCUGGUGAUCUGGUGCUCCAGUCUGUCUCUGUUCCUGCUCAGGUUCGUCACGCUGGGCUCCGAGACCAGCAAGAAGUACAGCAACACCUCCAUACUGCUCACUGAACAGAUUAACCUGUACCUGAAGAUGGAGAAGAAGCCAAACAAGAAAGAGGAGCUGACUCUGGUUAACAACGUCCUGAAGCUGGCCACCAAACUGCUCAAGGAGUUGGACACUCCCUUCAGGCUGUACGGUUUGACGAUGAACCCUCUGCUCUACAACAUCACCCAGGUGGUCAUCCUGUCCGCUGUGUCGGGGGUCAUCUCUGACCUGUUAGGAUUUAACCUGAAGCUAUGGAAGAUCAAAUCGUGACAGUGAGCGGAGGGGGGCGGGUCCUGGCUCGCUGACUGGCUCACUGAUUGGUCGUCUGACUGAAAGACUGAACGCAGGUCUCCACAUACCGAGAGCUCUCACCUCCAGCGGUCCCACUUUGUGCAAUUGGGAAAACUAUUUAUUUACCCACUCAGUGUUUUUAUUUGAACUGUAGUUUGUUUAUGUUGAUGCUAUAUUUUACCCGUCUACAACAAGUGUUAGUAUUAUCAUAAGUUAUGUUACCGUGAUGGUUCUCAUUUCAGCUCCUUCUGAGCGCAGUGUUGAGCUGCGGGGGGGGGAUGUUGUUGUUCUGUUUGUGUUUUAUUUGCUUUAACUGAGAGUUAUUAUUUAUAUGUUAAAAACUUUCAAACAAAUUGAAUCCGUUACGACCCUAAAGUCUGUUAAAAAAACAUCUUGGUCCAGUGGUGUCUUUAUAAAACUGAGGGACAUUUGUCAGAAUGACCCUCAGUUUAAUUGCAACCUAAUGGUUCUAUUUGAAUACAUGUAUUCAAACAAUCUCUGAGCGUAUCCUCAUCAAAGUACAGUUAGUAUCUGUGAUGUGUCUGCUUUGGUUCAGUUCCUGGCUUUUGAACAAUCACCUCAUACCACUCCAAUUUGUUUUUUAAAGUUACAUUUUAUAUGUUUUAUGCAGGUAAAGUUAUUUUUUGUUACCACUGAGGAGGGGGGGGGGGGCGCAAAGGACAUCAGCAAGAAACAAUCAAAGAUAAGACGUUUAAAAAGAGACGUUUUCUGACCCCAGCAGGGUCUGACAGUAUUACCACACAUACAGUUCUGUAGUCGCAUGUCAUUUCAGGAAUAAAUGACUGCUCUUAGGAGCGUGUGAGGACGUUUUGUGCAGAUUAGGAAAUCAGACUAUUCCCUGCACAACAAACUACUCCCUCAUUUAGUACACACGCGUACGAUCACUUCCUUCUGUUUCUGAGUAACUUCACACAGGUCUCCUCUGAGGUUUCUUCAGUGGUGGUCAUUUUCAGAGAUAAGUCUCUAAAAGCCUAUCAAAGGAGCUUCAAUGCUUCCUUUCCUAUCUCCUUUAGGUCGGGGUACACUUGCCCCCUUUUUAUGGAUACAAAGGAGAUAUGGCUGUCCCACAAUUCCUUGCAGCAACAUUGAAAGAGUCACAUGUCUAUAACGUCCUCUGUCGCAUCAUAAAACAUCCUAUCCUAGUAAAUCUGUUUUCUUUUUCUAAGUCCUUAUAAAUUCCCCUUUGUAUCUUUCUUUGACCCUUAUUAUAUUUCCCAUCAAGCAGUGAAAGUUAUAGAAGAUCAUUUUUGCACUAUUUGACUGCAGUAAAAAAUCAAUCCUUAUUCUCGUCCACUAUUGAGUGAAAUGUAUUUUCUACAUCGAGGGAAUGUCAUUUAUUUUCUUUUGUUAUCUAAAAAAAUACUGUCAACAGUUGCAAAUUGAAAAAGGUGUAUAAGUGCCCGAAAUAUAAAUGUAUAUUCCUAACAGCAUUUAGAGUUGAGCUCCCGAACAGCCUGUGUCACCCAUCAGGUGAACCGUUUUAGAAAUUCAGAUUUCUACAGACUUUGAUAUCGCUGACUAGACAAUAGAUUAAUUUGCAUGACCGUGAUCUUUAGUGGAAGCCUCUGUCAGAUGUUUUUGAACGCUGCAGUUAGAACAGAUAAAGAUAUGCACUUUAAUAACAGAUUAAAAAUGGAAGAGUAGAAGUUACAUCUUGUCUCAAUAUCAACAGAUCUGUGUGUGUACCUCACCUGCUGACAGAGUGAAUACCUGUUCAGAAAACUGGCAUCACUCUGAAAUAACUCCCACCAGGUACAUGAAGUGUCUCACCCACAGAAAACAUCUUCAUGUGAUUCAUAUGUUCGCACUCUAACUGAAACUCACUUUAUUCAUACAAAUAAAGUUCUGACCUUCAGUGUGUGAGGGGGACGACCAAAGUGCUUAUUUUAAUGUUUGUUUCGUUUGUCUCUGCUGGAAAAAAAGAAUGUAUUUGCAGCAUUAUGCUUUACAAUAUAUUUGUUUCCCUUUGGAAAUACUUUGUGUAUUAUUGAGUGCUUUCUGUUUGUUCAUUUGUAAAGGCUGUUUCUCACGUCAGAAUGAGAGGCGUUUUACUGUUUUUAAGGAACAAAUACGUUUGAACUGUACGUAUGAAAAUGAAUCUACGUAAGGACUCCGUUUUCAUUUUGUUUUCAAAAAGUCUGAAUAUUUGUUUGUGAUCUGGUCUGUCCACAAAGUCUUUUUUUAAUAAAAGUUUAAAUAAAUGGA